AUGUCGCUGCCUACGCGCAAGAUCGGGAAUGACACCGUGAGUGUGAUCGGGUACGGGGCCAUGGGGAUCGGCUCCGUGGCGUAUGGGCAGGCGGAUUCCGAUGAGGAACGUCUGAAGUUACUUGAUGCGCUGUACAGGAGUGGGUGCACCAACUGGGACACAGCAAACAUUUACGGUGACUCAGAAGAGCUGAUCGGUAAAUGGUUCAGCAAGACAGGUAAACGCAAGGAGAUCUUCCUUGCGACCAAGUUCGGCCUACACCCGCGGAACCGAACCACUUGGUCAACGGCGAACCCAAACCUCUACUACCUUCACCGGGCUGACAAGACUGUGCCGAUCGAGGUCACGGUUGGUGCGAUGGCGGAGCUCGUCAAGGCGGGCAAGGUGAAGUACCUCGGGCUCUCCGAAAUCUCUGCAGCAACGCUGCGGCGUGCGCACGCCGUGCACCCUAUCACAGCGAUCCAGGUGGAGUAUUCACCAUUUACACUUGACAUCAAGGAUGAGAAGAUCAGCCUACUGAAGAUGGCGUGGGAGCUGGGCGUGGCUGUUGUCACUUACAGCCCACUCGGGAGGGGUCUGCUCACAGGGAGAUAUCGAUCUCCUGAUGACUUUGUGAAAGACGACUUCAGGAGCAUGAUUCUGCGCUACUCGAAGGAGAACUUCCCCAACAUCCUGAAGCUCGUGGACAGCCUGAAGGCUAUAGGCAAGCAUCACAGCGCGAUGGCGGGCCAAGUGGCCAUUGCGCCGCUGCUAGCCCAAGGUGAGGACAUCAUCCCCAUCCCGGGGACCAAAUCGGUCAAGUACUUGAAGGAGAAUCUGGGCGCGGCGACCGUUAAGUUGACCCCAGAGGAAAUCGCCGAGGUGUGA